AUCUAACGUAGCAGUGAAAGUAAAUCUAAAGGCACGCCAAGUUGAGUGCAACAGUGCACUUGCUGAUCCGAAUGUCACAAAAAGGCACUCGUACGCGGCACUCGUACGCGGCACUCGUACGCGGCACUCGGCGGAGGUGAAGAUAAGGCUUUGAAGGGACGCGACUGGAAGCAUGUUGUACGCCUAUUGAACGUAAAUCUGAUUAUCUGUCGCAGUUGGAUAAAUAGGUUGGAAUCAACCAGACAAACAGGUCUCUGACAGGCAGCCAGAUUGAUUGCUUGGGUGUCGAAAGAAUCCAUGGUCACUACAAACACUGCGUCUGUGCUUAAAGGCGGAGUUACACAUUGAGGUAAGCGUGAGCACAAUUGCACGUUACUUGGAUGGACGCCUAAUUACCAUGAAGGAGUUGCGAGCAGUUCCGGAAUCAACCAGCACACAUGAGAAGAAAAUGCGGAGCAAAUACUACGUUUUGGCACUGCUGCAGUCAGAGACCGAAGGGAGACAAGCCGUGUGGAUAGAUGAAACUAAUUUCAAUAUCUUCUGUGCCCGCACCAUGGGGUGUUCAUCGCGUGCAACUUCUGCGCAAUGUACAGUACCCAACAUUCUAUGCCAAAAGCUGCAUCUGAUUGGAGCGUUAACAAGCGAUGGUUUAAUAGACUAUAACAUCAUGAGAGGAAACUUCAAGAAGGAAAGAUGCGCGGCGUGGUUGCGUCGCAUGCUGGAUGCCAGAGGGCCGAGUUUUAUCGAAAACUGCCUCUUGAUAUGUGAUAACGCGCCAUGCCACACGAAGUUGGAACGCGUAUUCCAGGAGGAAUCGUACAGUUCGGGCAGCCUCCUGCGUCUAGUGCCAUAAUAUUCAUCACUGAAUCGCAUUGAGUGGAUCUGCGGCAUAAUAAAAACUUGUGAAGCAAGCCAUGAGGAAGCAAUAUUCCGAGAUGCUUCACGGAGCUCCUGAGGGUGUACUAUGCAAUAGAGUGAAGAAUGCCCUUCUUGGAGCGAAUUGUGUCCGAGGCACAAACUUACAUUACGCUCCAGCACUGUCAACAAAUGA